UCCAGCCGUGCGCACUUGUCCUGAAAGCUCCAUCGCAAGAGAUCACACAGUCCUCCAGAUGAGGUUGUCGGCGCCCAGUGAUGCCCCAGCCUAUCCACCUCCGUGUCUUUCUGGUGCUGAUAGCGCUAUACCAGGCUGCCUCUGCUCAGAUCUCAUACAGUUUCGUGUAUGACAGCUGGAAGAAGUACGAGAUGGAGUGCAAGGAGAAAAUGUUGAAGGACCCACUUCCAUCAGGACUGGUCUGUAACCGGACGUUUGAUCAUUUUGCCUGUUGGCCCGAUUCCCAGCCCAACACGACAAUCAAUGUCUCAUGCCCAUGGUACCUACCCUGGUAUAAUAAAGUGCAGCAUGGCUUCGUGUACAAGGACUGUGGUCCCGAUGGGCAAUGGGUGGAGUCAUUGAACGGUCCUGCUCCGCGCGAUGCCGAGGAAUGCCAACGUGACAAGGCGGACGUGGAAGCUGAGAAGCACUUUAUCAAGACCUUCGAAAGAUUUCAGAUCAUGUACACCAUAGGAUUUUCCAUGUCUGUAGCAGCACUGAUACUGGCUCUCGGUAUCCUUGUCGCAUUGAGUAAACUUCACUGCAUGAGGAAUUACAUCCACAUCAACCUGUUCAUCUCCUUCAUCCUGCGGGGAGUCUCUGUACUUGUGAGUGACACCUUGCUGAAGACUAGCUACAAUACAGAUUUUGAACACCAGCAAGUAGAGCUCAGCAAUGCGACUGGAUGCCGCGUUGCCAGUGUGUUAAUGCAAUAUGCAGUUAUUUCCAAUUACUACUGGCUCCUGGUGGAGGGGAUCUACCUGCACAAUCUUCUGGUGUUGGUUGGGUUUUCGGAAAGGAGUUACUUUACGCUGUACUUGUGUAUUGGAUGGGGUGUCCCACUUCUAUUUACUGUCCCUUGGGUGGUUGUCAAGUAUAUGUAUGAAAAUGAUCAGUGCUGGACAAUAAACCGAGAUAUGGGCUACUGGUGGAUCCCGCGGUCAUCGGUGUUCUUUGCAAUAUUGAUCAACUUUUUAAUAUUCGUGAGGAUAAUUCAGAUUCUCUUGUCGAAGAUGCGAGCUCAUCAGAUGAGGUACACAGACUAUAAACUCAGGCUGGCGAGGUCCACACUCACACUGAUCCCCCUGCUUGGCAUACACGAGGUGGUGUUUGCGCUGGUCAGCGAUGAGGUGGCAUACGGAACCCUGAGACUAGUGAAACUUUUCUUUGACCUCUUUAUUGGCUCAUUCCAGGGAGUGCUCGUUGCUGUGCUCUACUGUUUUGUCAACAAAGAGGUUCAGUCCGAGCUCCUGAAAAAAUGGAAGCACUGGAAACUCUGGAAAGACAUCGAAGAGGAAUACAAACACACGUACAGCCAACCUCCCCGGGCUGGGCUCGGUAGCAUCUGCGAAAAGCACAACCUGGUCGAUGGAUGCAACAAUGGGGUCAGCAAGUCACAGCACAGCAAUGACAAGUGGUACAACGAGAAGAUGGGCAGCAGUGCGACUGAACACAUCAUGCUGAGCGACCGCCAAAACAGCUUUGAGUAUCCUGACAGCAGCUCAGAAAACAUCUUCUAAGCCAAAGCAUGUAAGCCACUCUGGGAAAUGUAUCCGUGAACAGGCUCAGACUGCCCAUCUGGCACUUCUGGUCUGUGCCAAUAGGCCUGGUGUGAUCGGGGUGAGCUGGACAGUAAAGUUCACUGCAAAUAUGCACAUUCUGUA